AUGAGAUUGCUAAAUGAUGACUCAUGCUCUAUGACAGAUUUCACUAUCUCAAAAUUUGCAGCUUGGUUAAUCAUUAUUGGAGAUAGAGACAUAGGCCAACCAGAUCCCACUGAUGAUGAAUACACAAAAUGGAUUGAUAUCCCAUCCUCAUUUCUUAUACGCCGAGGAGACAAGGCAUUGGAAAAGUUAAUACAUUUUGUUUACGGAGACGAGAUUUUGAAACAUCCAUCUGCCUCCACUCUAUCGGUUGGGGCAAUUGUUUGUCCUAAAUAUGAUACCACUUAUGAAAUAAAGAAAGUUAUUUUGAAGGUUUCUCCUGGAGAAACAAAAUUUUACAAAAGUGUUGAUGCCAUCAUGUCAAACGGAAUUCAAUUUGUAGAAUUUGAAGCUUUCUAUCCAGUUGAAUAUUUGAAUCAAUUGAACUUUGUCAGUGUACUUCCUCAUGAAUUAUCACUCAAAAUUGGCACACCCAUCAUGGUUUUAAUAAACAUUAACCAAAGGGAAUGGUUGUGCAAUGGUACACGAUUAAUGGUAUCUCAGUUGCUACCAAAUGUAAUAGUUGCAACUAUCAUUUCUGGAACAUGCAUUGGGAACCAAGAAUAUAUACCUCGUAUUAAAUUUAUCCACAAAGCUCCAGACAUACUGUUCGCUUCUAUCAGACAACAAUUUCAAGUAAAGGUUUGCUAUGUUAUGACAAUUAACAAAAGUCAGGAUCGGUCGUUAAAGAAGAUUGGUGUUUACCUACCUCAAUCGGUUUUCACACAUGGUCAACUUUAUGUUGCUUUGUCUCAAGCCACAUCUCCAGACUCUAUUAAAGUUCUCAUACACCCUAAUGCUAACAGUAGACACAACAAAACAAAAAAUGUGGUGAAGAAAUUACUAUCAGCUUAUAGGAAAGAAUGCACAGACAUACCUGAAAGGUUCAAUCAUUCUGCUAUUAAAAAUGCACCUAGUCCAGUUUUACUUGCUAUAACAAAUGUUAAAGUUACACUUGUUGCCGGUACACUGAGACUAGGAACAACAAGUAUGAGUCACAUGUACAUCAAUCCACCUAUCAGAGACGUAACCGCACUUCUCGAGAGAUUCAAACUUGUUGCAACAAUAGCUGACCAAACCGACUCUAUGAACGCCAUACUAUCUGACAAUGUUACACAAAAGCUAUUAGGAGCACGAUUGGAUGAAUUGAUAACAAAAGACAAUCUUGAUCAUUGGAAAACAUUGACAUUGCUAUCUGAGAAAAGUAAAAGUUUUCCAAUCAGAAUGACAGUGCGUAUGACGAAAACAUCCACGCAUAACAACAUUCGCUUCAUGAUACAUGGCGUUGAAGACAAUGUGGUUCAACAACCUCUAGUUCUUACAACACCUCCCACAAACAUUUCAUUACCCUCAGACCCAGUGGACUAA